AUGUCCCCCGCAGUGAGAGUAUUUAAAUUGCGGAAUGAUUUAAUUUUUACCAGUUUAUGAAAACAAAUUCUUAUCAACAGAAGUCAGCUAGUAGAUGCAAAUGACUAUAUCAAUGGAAGAGAAAGAUAAAAAAACAGUUGAAAAUAAAAAUGGAAAAAAAGUUAGUUACUUUUCAAUAGAUCAAAUUUUGAGUAAAAACUUAUAUGAAGUUGAAGAGAAAAGUAUUAAAGUAAAUGCUAAUAACGAUAAUAACAUAAACAGUUCAAUUGAUAAAUUAAAUGAAUGCGUUAAAAGUGAAGACUUAAUUGAAAAAAAAGAGAUACGAAACACACCAUCGUACACAGCAAUAAUUGCGCAAGCUAUUUUGAGCUCUAAAGAGAAAAAACUUCCUCUUGGAGACGUUUACGAAUAUAUUGCGGAAAAUUUUCCUGAAUUUCUUAAAAAAGGACAAGGUUGGAGAAAUUGUGUUCGUCAUAAUUUAUCUCUUAGUGAAUGUUUUGUAAAAGCUGGAAGAGCUCGAAACGGACGUGGAAAUUAUUGGGGUAUACACCCAAGGUACAUAAAAAAUUUUUCUCUUGGUGAUUACCGAAAACGAAGAGCAAGUCACCGACAAAGAAGCUUUGGACCAAGUUUUGUUAAUUGUUCAUACCAAGAUAAUCAUACAAACCAAUACAUAUUUGAACACAAAAAUUUUUUAUCUAAGAAUUUUACAAUGGAAAGUAUUCUUACACCUGAGCACGGGAAGCAUCGAAUUCCAUUUUAUCUUUUAAACACAGCAUACAACGAAAACAUAUUACGCGAAAAUUCAAAUCAUUUUCAUCAAGCAUACAGUUUGCGUGUACCUAUAAGAAAUUACUCUUUAGAACCAUGUAUUCCUAAACUCUCAAGUAAUCAAAAUAUGAAUUAUGUAUCAGAAGUAAAUUGUUCUUGUUCUAAGUGUCCAAUACUGAACACUAUUAAUAGAAAUGGAUUGAUAUAAAAAAAUCCAUCCUUGCUCCUUAAAACCGAAAUAUUGCAAAUAAUCUUUGCUAUUAAUGUUUAUAUGACAAUAUAACAUUAUUUUACAAUAUUUUAAACUUAUUUUAUAAGUUCUAAAGCGAAAUAACUGUUAACACAACUAAAAAACACUAGAUUUCUGUGGGCGCACUGUGAAGAACAGGGCAUAUGUGGUCACGUUAAAAACACUGGAUAAAAAAAAGAAAUUUAUUUAUUUAACUUAUAGUAUUGAUAAAAAUAUUUAUUUGUAUUUAUUUUUUAUUUAUAUAAACUUUCUAUAUCAAAAAUAAAA